GAUGCAAAGGGUAACUAGCCAAGCUAGCUAGCGAAAGCAGCAGCCUUCCGCUGAUUGCCAGAGAUCGAGCGAGCGAGGCUGACGCCGGCCAUGAGCGACCAGCCCCAGCCCGUCCGCACCGGGGACGUCUACCCGCCCUCGGCCGCCGCUCACGACGCGCGCCGCCAGCGCGACGAAGUCCUCACCCAUGAUGAUCAGCAGCAGAAACAAGAUGAUCGCCGCGGCCAGCUCCGGGUCACCGAGACCGACGAGCCACACGCUGGGAGACGCGUCGUUACCGCCACCGCCGGCGGCCAGGUGAUGGCGCAGUUCACGGUGCCGGUGCCGGACGCCGGUGUGGAGGAGGCGACAGACGCGGUGACCAUCGGCGAAGCUCUACAGGCCGCGGCGCAGACGUCCGCGGGUGAGAGGCCGGUCGACCUCGCGGACGCGGCUGCGGUGCAGGCCGCCGAGACGCGCGCGAUGGGGCUGGGCCGCGUCAUCCCCGGUGGCGUGGCGGCUGCCGCGCAGCAGGCCGCGGAGACCAACAUGAGGCCCCGGGUCAGUGACGGUGAGAAGUUGCGGCUGAGGGACGUGCUGGACAGCGCCGCGGCGGUGCUGCCGGCCAACAAGGUGGCCACGAGGGAGGACGCCGUUGCGGUGGCCACAGCAGCGGAGCGCAACGCCGCUGCGGGAGCAGGUGGAGGAGGCAAGGGCGUGGCCGACGCGGUGGCCGUGGCCGCCGAGAUGAACGACAAGAGGAUGACGCGCACGCGGCAGGCUUAGGCUAGGUAGCAGGCUAGCAGCCUAGCAGAAGAACGUGCGUGGCCACUGUGAUACGUUGUACUGCGUAUGCACCACGCAUAUCACUACUACGUACGUAACGUACUUCUCUAUCCGUGUUGUAAUCUGUACAUCAUAUUGUACGCUUUUUCAGUAGUAUAAAACGUUCUUAUAUUUUGGGA